GGCACCAAAUUGCUAUAACUUUUGAUGUGGUUAGCCAGUGGGUAAAACCUAUCCAGGCGUUGCAAGACCUGGUAUGCGUCAGCAACGCCUGGGCAGAGGAACGCGCCCAAUCUGUUGUAGGCUAUUCGGCCUGUAUGCCAGCGGUCAGUGCUAUCCGUGUUCCUUGGGACGUCCCUACCCUAUAAACCAUAACUCUUACCCAUUUUACGUUCAACUUCAAUGGUUUAUGGACGUCCCAAGGAUCCCGGAUUGCAUCGGGCCCAAUAUGGGCCCGGAAGUUGUCAGGUAAAAUUUAUAUCCGGAGAUGCUGCCGUCGCCAGAGAAAACAAACAGAUAUUCUGACAUUUAAAAACGACAACAAUAGUCGUUCGUCAGGUAAGGAAGAGGGUGAUGCACUUGUUAACAACAGCGUUUAGUCAAAGAAAGUGACAUUUUGGCAUGGAUAUGUUUCGGGCUAGUUCAGGUGGACAGCAUUUCGUCGGGUGGUGGGUGCCAUAGCAACGUCUCAGAAGAAACAUUAUUCCGCUAGUUUGACUGACAUGUCAUUUUCGGAUGACAGCUGCAUCAAUCGGGGAAGUGCCCAUCUAAAUGGCAUUUGUGUUGACUUUUGAUGCUUGUUUGCACCAAUAUUUAUUUAUCGCGUCCUUAUUAACCUGCCACGUUCCAUCAUCAACUUGUUCCAUCAAAGCCAGCAGUGACAUGGCAACACGAAAAUAAUGUCAGGGGUAUAUUCAUUCCGCCGAUUCUGUUGAAAAACGUUUCUUAAACGGAACGAAAAGGGGAGGGACCUACUUGAAUUUGUCCAACAGAAACUCUCGUUUUUCUCUGUUUGCUUCCGUUUGGAUCUAAAGAGUUAACGGUUUCCAUAAUGAAUUCACCCAAUGAAUAUCUUCCAUUAAUAUGAUUGGCGCACCGGCGGUACCAAAGGCUGGGGGGUAGACCGUCCAUCCUCUUGCUGAUGGAUAGCUUUAUAUUGGCCUCACCAGGAUCACUCAGUAUCCAAAAUGUUACAUUUGAGUUUGAUUAGAAGAUCCAUGUAACAUUUAAAAUACAUGAAAAUAAUACAAUGCUAUGAUUGAUUUACUUAUCAUGAUGAUAAACCAGAGAAAUGUGAUAAAACAUGUACUCCACAUUUCCUGGGUAUGUGGUGGAGGAGGGAGGAGAGUUCAAGUGUCAAACUUCAGCACUGACUAUAAAUGUUGAACUUCUGUGCAUUUCCUGGCAACUGAGUAUAGGUGAUCUAGAUAGACUAGAGAAAAUUGCCAGCUAGACAGACAAUACAAACUUGUGUCAAACAAUCUAUUACUGCAUUUACUGCAGUCAGAUAUUUGAAAAAGAAAGCUGCCAUAAAGAAUAGAUUUAACAUGGUGAGCAUCAUACAAUUGUACCCAAAAUGGCAUCAAUUUGAAUGACAAGUGAGCAUGCUCAAGAUGAACGAUUGUUGUAUGCUAGAAUAUCUCAUGAGUGGGACCACAUCAUUGCUCUGACUUGUCUGUUUUUCUCUCUGUGCCAUAGUCAGCUGGUGAGAGAAUGAAUGCUGAUGACUGCAAUGGAUUUUCACAUAUGUCAGGCAGUGGAGGAGAGUCGGCAAAGGAGCGAGGUGAUUUCUGUGGAGGUCUGAGGGUUCCAACAUUGACCACUCCAAACUGUAAACAGUCCUCUCCAAACAGAUCUCUUAGUGUGAGCACCAUUAAGGUAGAACUCUACAGUGACAAUGAGUCUGCAGGUUCUCCACAGCCAGAGAGAAGAGAUGGAGAGAGGGAUGACAGAGGGGACAAGACAGAAGAGGGGAGUGGGGUAUGGGGAGGACCAGGAAAGGGUUACGGGGAGCUGGCCAGUCCUCAGCCUGCAUCUGCCGGUCCCAUCCGACUGCCCAAUUGUAAGCUCCAAUGUGACGUGUGUGGAAUGGUCUGCAUCGGGCCCAAUGUACUAACAGUGCACAAACGCAGCCACACAGGUGAGCGUCCAUUCCAGUGUAACCAGUGUGGAGCCUCCUUCACCCAGAAGGGGAACCUGCUGCGCCACACAAAGCUGCACUCUGGAGAGAAACCCUUUAAAUGUCCCUUCUGUAACUACGCCUGUCGCCGCCGGGACGCACUCUCUGGACACAUCCGCACACACACCGUGCCCUCUCUGACAGUGGGUAAACUUUACAAAUGCAGUUACUGUGGUCGUAGCUACAAGCAGCAGAGUACCCUGGAGGAACACCUUGAACGCAGCCACAACUACUUAAAGAGUCUACAGAACCAUCAGCCAGCACUCAGCAGCACUGUCCCCACUACACAGGGGGAGGAGUCCCCAAGCAUGGAGCUGAUCCCUGAACCAGAGUCUGUCCUCCAGCCGUCCACUGAAAAACAGUCCUCCGUACACAGGCUGGUCAACGGCGUCACCAAACGAAAGAGGUCCACACCACAGAAGUUUCUUGGAGAAAAGCACAUGAGGCUCAACAACCGUGAUCUACCUUAUGAACUAUCCCCUGGCCCUGAAGAGGAUAAGAAUGGGGACCUGCACUCUGACCUUGAUGGAGAAGCUGGUGCUACAGGGUUAGCAGGGAUUGGGGGCAGGUUCCUCCGCAAGUGUGGAGGUGGUGAGGACCCUGGGUCUAAGCCCCCUCAGCUGGCCCUGUCCUACCCUGCCUGCCUGUCCGACUCCAGCCCAGUCAUCAGCUCUGUUUACAGCCACCGGACUCCUCUGGGUCCCCAGGUCAAUGGUGGAGCUGGAGAUGUGGCGGUGUCUGUGUCUGUGGAGCUCGCUGGACGGGAAGCAGGCGAGGGACACAAGAACGUUCCCUCAGGUCACAGCAACAUCCACACUGUCAGCAAUGGCCCCAGCAACGGCCCCAGCCACGGCUGCCACGAUUUCAAAGACAAGUCCGACACAGAGAGCACAGCAGAGGAGCAGCAGAGCACCAGGGUUACAGCUCCAACCAGAAACUCCAACAACCCCCACCUCCUCCCUCAUCUACAUUACCCAACCCCAGGCCUGCUCCGCAGCCGCACCCAUCUCCGUCCCAACCCCAGCCAGGCCAACGACCCAGACAUAGAAAGGGAGAGAGGAGCCUGUCCCGUGCCCAUCGACACCACCAUCCCAACUAGCGUGAAGGGAUCGAGGACCCCCGGUUUAGGGUCACCCUCCAUCUCCAGGGAGGCUUCUAUACAGGUGGUGGACGGGGAGGGGCGAGCGGUGCGGUCAUUCCGCUGUGAGUACUGUCGCAUGUUCUUCCUGGACCACGUGAUGUUCACCAUCCACAUGGGCUGCCACGGCUUCCGCCAGCCCUUCCAGUGCAACGUCUGUGGGCACCACAGCCAGGGCCGUUACCAGUUCACCUCGCACAUCAUCCGCGGGGAGCACCAGGUGGGCUGACGAGGGGAGUUAAAGGGGAGAUUCGGUCCCAACUUGGCCCUACCCCUUCCCCUUCAAUGUUUACACAAAUCUGAAGGGUCUGGAUUGGGAUAAUCAGUGUACUGGUGGAGCUUUCUCUGUAUUGCUUCCACCUUACAGAUCUAUUCACAUCAUUAAGGCCAAGGGUAGAGGUGGGAGUGAAUUGGGACUGGCUAGGGAGGGAGGGAGGUGUCUGCUGCUUUAAGAAGACAUGGGCUCAGGUUUGUUCUGCACCACGUUACACAGAGACAGACACACAUUGCCUUAACUGUUACAUAGCAGCAAACCGUUCAUUUAAUUAUUUUUUAGAGUACGUGAUCAUGUGUAAAAGAGAUUAUGAUGAACGUAAAAUAUCCUGUUUAAGGGCACUUCAAUAUUUAGGUGACGUGGAUCAUUUACUGUGGAUGGUUACAGAUUUCAGGGGUGGAGAAGUAGAGAGUUAAUAGGAGCCUUGUAAUUCCGGUGCAGAUCAGACUCUUGAACCAUCCAGUGAUAGAUAGGAGUUGACUGAGGUGGUCAUAUGCGAUUGAGGAUUGCACUUUUAGAUUCUUUGCUUAAAUGUGAUAAUAGUGUGAAGUGAAAAUGACUUUUACCUUUGGAGGGUUUUGUUGUCUGAGAUUGUUGUAAUACACUGAUAAAUUAUAUUGUAACGCUUUAAAUUAUGACUUUGUAUAAGAAUGCUCUGCACACCAGAUGAACAGUGUUUUAUAGGAUUUUCUUAAUGAGACGGGCCAUCUACAGAACUGGGUAAUGUAUUGGUCUUUCCCUCCACUUAAAAUGGGUGCUUUAUUUAUGUCUUGUAAUCUCCAUCCCAAUUUUACAGAGGUGACUCGAUGUCAACUUCCACAGAAUGUUGUAAUUUUGCACUGAAUGGUCCAGGAAACGAGGACUACUUUGAUGGGUAGACUCCAUUUGCACAAAUGGAAACUGAAUAGUGAGAAAAGCACUUAAAAAAUAUUUCAGUCUAUCGAAGUUUCUCUACUUUUGUAUAGUUUUUGUGAAUAUUAUGUAUGUUGUAGUGUGCGUUUAGCAUAGUUUUGGUAGAUGUGGUCAGCUAUAUCCCAAAUCUUGUCCAGCCACAGCACAAGCAGCCCAUUAUUAAUCCAGAAAAUGUUACCUCCUGCGAUUUUAAAGCAACCGAAAACCUCUAAAUGUAUUUGAGUUUUUGCAGUGUGUGAAGUGUACAAUGUUUGAGACCAAAUUCAGUGUUUUAUGUGAAAUGUUUAGUCUUUUUUUGUGAAAAACCUCCUGUGAAAAAUGACAAACAAAUGUAUUGGUAUCUUUAAAAAAAACUCUAAUCAAAUUGUACUAUGAAUGCACUUGAUGUACAUAGGAUAAUUCUAGGACGUAUGAAUGUGCUAAUCAGUUUCUCAUUCAUUUAUCCUUUCCACUGUGUGAUGACAGAUUAAUUAUGUAUGAACUGUGAAGUAACCUCAAGCACCAACAGUGCAAUCAGGGUUGCCAGGUUUUGCUCAAAUCUGUAGCCCAAUGACCAGAAAACACCCCCCAAAAGGACUGAAAACUAGGCCAACGUUUUUUUACAGCAAGAGAGGAGUUUCCACAUUUAUACAAUAAAACUAUUUUUUCAUACUGUUAUCAAGCCAAUAAAGAAGGAAAAUCAACAAAUCAAGGUAACUUGUAACUACGUUAGAAGCUAAAUCAUUUUUUAAAAUCAAAAUAAUAUUUUUUCCGAAUAAACUCAUUUGAAUAUAUCACAAGAGAAAAGAUAAUUUGUCCUUUAAACUCGCCAGAUAAUUUUACAUCAAUGGCUGUCGAUUUAAUUUAUUUGACUGCUAUGAUUAAGCAAUAAGGCACGGUAUGGUAAGGAGGGGUAUGGUAUAUGGCCAAUAU